CGAAAAACUUCUCUCUCGACAAGACACGAUCGAAAGCACAAAUCCGAUUUUCUCUAAACGACAAUCUCAAUCAAAGCAAAAGACACCAAAAAUAGAACAAAACAAUGCCACCCGCUAGCGUUGCUUCUCUCCCCGAAKGGGACAUGACGAUCAACAAAAUCGACAGCCUCGACGAACUUCACACGAAGCCAACUAUGGAAAACCCGGUCAAGAAGAAGGCCCGAACCGAGAAAGGUACGUACGGUCUUGCACUCGUGCUCUACCGAUGCGUUGAGUCGGAGAGCAGAGCACAAUGUGUUGGAAAUGGAAUUCUUGUUUUGCACUUUAUUGUCUCAACGAACUGCGUUGCUUUGAUUUAUUUUUCUCCUAGACAAUGACGACGAUGACUCAUGUAGGGGCAUUCCAAAGCCGGAGUUCACCAAGAUGGACCACAUCCCUAUCACCACCCAUACCAAUGCCUUUGGGGUCGACCCGGUACCGGUGUUGUGGAGUCACCCCAACCCGGAGGUCCGCGGGCCGAUCAUUUCCACCGUCCGCCACGCGGCUCAGAGGAACGCCAUUGGGGCGCAUCAGGGAAGCUAUUGCAUCUACACCGGGCUUGCGGUAGCGGCGAAAAAACUGGACCCGGACUACGUUCCGAAUUUUAAGGGAACCUCUCCCGUCUUUAAGAUUGGGCCCCAUCCGUCCUGGGCCGAUCCGAAGAAGAUUGCAGGUGUGUUUAUUACGUCGUGGCCGCUGUCUGUCUAUUUUCGAAGUCAUGGACGUGUUCCUUUUUUGUCUUCGUCUUUCAUCUCACCCCAUUAUUCCCACCGAACCAUACCACAUUAGCUCUUGACCCCUUUGGUCACGUGACUACCGAGGUUUACGGAGACUGGCUGAAGAAGGGCUGGUGAGUUGAACAACGUCGUUUUGUCGUUUCUAGCUACCAAUUCUCGCUUUUGUUCCCGCACAUGCUCAUAUACUCCCAACUGUUUCUUAAAAACCAACAAAACAGGGACAUUCGCCCCACGAUGGCGGUGACUAAAGCCCACCUAGAUCUGCCAGAAUGCCGAGAGGCUCUGGCCGCGGGGCGUCUCAAGGCCGACGGUAAGAUCCUGAUGCCUUCCGGGCAGUCGAUUGUUUCGAAGGCAGCUAUCGAGCCCGUCUGGUACCUUCCCGAAAUCGCUCGCCGGUUCGAAACCACCGAAUCGAAUCUCCGUCGCUCUAUUUUUCGUAUGACUAACGGAAUGUAUCCCGAGCUCAUCACGCGUCCCGACAUCAAAGUCUUUCUUCCUCCCAUUGGUGGUGAGUUGCCUGUUGUGUUGCUGUGCCGCCUCGCUCUUUGACUGAAGGGAAAGGAACGAAAAGAACAGAACCCUAACAUCGACAUGUGUUUGUUUUUGAAAACUCGAACUCUUGCAGGUUUGACCAUUUACAUCUGGGGGGAUCCAGAAACGAUUCCAGACGAAAACAUUGAAUUGACAUGCCGUGUUCAUGACGAAUGCAAUGGGAGCGACGUCUUUGGAAGGUACGUGCGGAAAAAGUAGUAAAGAAAGCGCCAAAACACGAAGAAAUCUGACGAAAAAUUAUAAUUCUUUGUUUCUUAACUGCCGUCCAUUGAUCUAAACUCGCAACCACGGAAAUAACCCCGUGUAGUGACAUCUGUACCUGCCGCCCGUACCUGACACAUGCCAUCGAGGAAUGCAUCAAGACGGCGCAAAAGGGAGGAUGUGGUAUUGUCAUUUACUUCCGCAAGGAGGGGAGAUCUCUGGGAGAAGUGACAAAAUACUUGGUGUACAACUCGAGAAAGCGUCAGGAAGGUGGCGACCGAGCAGAGCGUUACUUUGAGUGCACGGAACAGGUUGCAGGUAAAUAAACAUCAAAACGCAUCGAUGAAAUGCAUAUGAAUGCAUUGCUAUCAUUUUUCUCACCUUGUUUUGUUUCGUCUACUUUCGUAUCUCUAGGCGUCCAAGACACCCGCUUCCAGGCACUGAUGCCCGAUCCGCUGCACUUUUUGGGAGUCACAAAGAUCCAUAAUUUUAUUUCCAUGUCCGACAUGAAGUACGAUGCCAUUGUAAACACCGGAAUCAAGGUUGUUAACCGAGUCGAAAUUCCUCCUGAGAUGGUUCCCGCCGACGCCCAGGUCGAAAUCACCGCAAAGGUUUUCCAUGGUUACAAUGCCGGGAAGGCGUAUCAGGAUGUGGAUGCCGACAAGCUGAAGCAGACUGUCGGCCGCGAGUAUACCUUGGAUGAAGAACCGAGUGAUGAUUGCUCGAGCAGCACGGGCUCCGCAGAGGAAGAGAGCCCUUGCUGCAAAAAUGGUGUGUGCAGCAAGAACAAAGAGUAAUGUACUUAGUCCUUCUGCAACGAAGUGUGGCAGGUCAACAAUCUCAUGCCUCUAUGAUAGCAGUUUAUUCGGAAAUCAAAAUAGUGCACGGUGGAAGCUCUAGAAAAAUACAAGCUAAAAAAUUAU